AUGACAUAUCAACAGCAUCAACCUCUUACGCGUGGUGCGCCUGGUUCGGAUUUGAGUGUUAAGGAUAGGGCUUUGGAGAUGGGGGCUGGAAUGACACAAGAUUUUACACCAGUCAAGGCAAUCUGUGCGCAUUUGAAUGCGCUGCAUGUUUAUGUGGAGGAUGGGGAUGGAGUGGAUGGGAAGGGUGAGAUGGGUGGAGAGGGAAAUGGAAAGGGAAUGGGAAAGAGAAGAAGUGUGGAGGCUAAUCAUUAUUGCACACAUUUGAGUGCUGAUGUCCGGCAAUGUCUCAUCUACGAUGCGCCAACGAAUCCGGCAAGAUUGAUUGGUGUGGAAUAUAUGAUUACGAGGAGACUUUAUGAGAAACUUGGGGUGGAGGAGAGGAGACUUUGGCAUUCGCAUGAGUUUGAGGUCAAAUCAGGCAUCCUAAUUCUACCAAACCCAACAAUUCCAGAUGUAGUAUGGACAAUGGCCGAAACAGAGGAAAUGAAGGAGAUUGUGGGAUUAUAUGGAAAAACAUUUCAUUUUUGGCAGGUGGAUAGGGGUGAUGAAUUACCGUUGGGAAGACCGGUUUUGAUGGGGAGUUUUACGGAGAGUGGGCAGGUACCAUGGGAUAAAAUUCAAGAAAGAGAUGCGAGAUUUGGUGUGGAUACGCAGAAGAAGAGAGAAGCGAGGUUGGGGAUUGAAAGUGUGGAUAUUCAUGAGGAUGCGGAUCAGGCUUGGAAGAAAUGA